GGUUAGUUUGAAGAGGGCAGGCUUUCCAGCGUUUACCAGCGCUCCCCCGCUUCCCUUCAUUUCAGCAUCUGAGGCAAAUACUUUAAAAUUCACUCAGUGGACCUAAAAGAAUAACCUGGACAAUAAGUGGAAACACAAAGGGGAAGAGCAACAGCCAGAGCUUCGAAAGUGUCUGAAGUCCAUCGGGAAAAAGAAAAGGAUUUCUCUCUGGUGAGGCUUUCUGGGCUCAGAGUGAUAUGGCUGGCACUCUCUGCAAGCUCGCAGCACACAUCCCUUGCGUGUGGAUCGUCCUCAUACUUUUCGACCCCAGCUCGCAAACUGGGGCUGUAGCAGGACAUAGAGAACCCAUUCCAGAUGACAGCAAAGACAACAUCACCAUCUUCACUCGAAUCUUGGACCGCCUACUGGACGGUUACGACAACAGAUUGCGCCCCGGACUUGGCGAGAGUGUGACUGAAGUGAGAACAAACAUCUAUGUGACAAGCUUCGGGCCAGUAUCUGACACCGAUAUGGAGUACACGAUUGAUGUGUUCUUCCGCCAGAGCUGGAGGGACGAGAGGCUGAAGUUCGAUGGGCCUAUGCAGGUCCUUCCACUUAACAACCUUCUUGCCAGCAAGAUUUGGACUCCUGACACUUUCUUCCACAAUGGGAAGAAGUCAGUCGCCCACAAUAUGACCACACCCAAUAAACUUCUGCGACUGGUGGACAAUGGAACGCUUCUCUACACAAUGAGGUACGACAUGCUCAGACCAACAAAAUUCUUAAUAGUCAUAAGAGUUUGA